AUGGAUAGUGAUCUUGAGGCGUUAAUUGGAGCUACAGAGAGUGUCCCAAAUCUUGACAUAGCGCAAUUAAAAGCGUAUUCAAACAUGUUACUAUUAGGUGUAUUGAAUACUCGUGGUAUAUUACAUCGCGAUCUCAAGCCAAAUAACUUUUUACUAACAAAGAAAAUGAAUAUGGUUUCGAAGUUGACAUGUGCGGACGGAUCCUCAGACAUUGAUCAAACGAGUGAAAUCUUUGCUGUUUUAGGAUCUUCGAAUGAAAAUGGAUGGCAUGAUGCAGGAGAAUUACCACUUUAUCUUCGAUUUCAAGAUACAAAUCUAAUACCACUUGUGAAGCACUUUCCAAUGCUAUCGGCUGCUGUUGUGGAUUUGUUAUCACAGAUGCUGGAAUUAAAUCCAAAGAAACGGAUUUCUGUGAAAAUGGCGCUACAACAUCAAUUUUUUUCAAGAGGAGCCUAA